AUGCUAACAAUUCAGAUGAAAUUACCUGAAUUCAUGCAGCAAUGGAUUGCAGCUGAUAGAGAAGGGUAUAUGAAUUUUAUCCUUUUUGUGACGUCAAUGGCCGAUUUCAAUAUUCAAGACGAGGAAGAAGAGAAACGCACAGCAAUGGAACGCAGCAUAAGGAUACUCGAUCGAAUUCUCAGCGUAGAUGCUAUCCAGAACUGUGGGCUUUUGAUAUUUUUCAACAAACAAGACGUCUUCAAUGAAAUCGUCACAGAACUGGCGAAGACAGAUGAAGGCCGUGCUGAGAUCCUCAAACACCUCAACAACUCCUUAACGGAAGGAGCAAAACGGAAACUGGCAGAUGGUGAUCCUCCCAUAAAACUGGUUCACAAUGCAAUUGAGAGCAAAUUCAACAAUGUUAUUCAAAGACGGAAGAAAGGCACAAGGGUUUACAGAAAGUAA